CGUGGAGGUGGGCGAACUGAGCGAGACGCCGACAAAGCGCCAAGAUCACGGGCUUCGCUCGUCUAUCUUAUCCCAGCCACGAGGUGCGAAGAACCAUGGACUGGCUAGGUGUUUCCAAAGUCUCGAGAGGGGUGUCAACCACCUCUUGUUAUGCACGCUGUUGAUUCAGGUACAGGCGCAAAAAGGGGAACCAGCUGUCCACUACAACUUAAGGUAAGGAGGAGAAGUAUAGCUACAGAGGAUCUCAGGAUACUUGAUACGGAGCAGAACAGAAAAUCCCUGGGAAAGGGCAGUACGGCAUACAUUGGAUGCCUAAAGACUGAAGAGAAGGAAAUAACUACGUUGGUAGUUAAUGACAGGACUCGCAGAGUCCACCCGAUUGUGGCUGUGAGGGUGCUCCGUAUAUUUAUCAUAACAAAGGGCCAAAAAGUAUGCGCUGAGGAUCCGUUGCACUGCCCGCAUUAUUACGAUUCUUCGACUCCAUUGAGUCGUGUCAGCGUCUUGGCUGCGACGGGGCCUCUUUGUCCAGCCCCAUUCCUGUCGUCGCUGUUUCUCUGGUUGGUGUGUGUUGAAGAUCCGCUGUCUUAUUGUCGAUCCAUGCCUGAGUCUGUGGUGAAUUAUGGCCAAUUGGCCUUAAUAAUGGUCAUGAUCAGAAUCAUGGACUAGGGAGUACCUACCUAGUAGUUAGUUACCUACCUAGGUGCUACUGUUAAGCCAUAGGCCGCGUAAAACAGGCCGAGGCGGAGACAAGACAGGCCAC